UCAAAUCUAUAUGAAAGGAAUUAUCUUAUUUAAUUUUAAUGCCGUUUAUGUAAGUAAUCCAAUAGUGUUAAGCAUUAGAACUUCUUUGAAGCCAAAAGCAAAAAAUGUUAUCAUCACUCUUUGUUUUUAUCCUUUUAUUUGCAUCUUUGCCAUUGUCGGUGUGCUUCCGUUCCAUUCCAAUAUUCCAUUACCAACAACACAUGUGCCGUGUUGACUUCAAGCUUCAUCAUCAUCAAUUCAGAUCGCGGCCGCUCUAUCUCACUUUCUCACUCUCGGCUUGUUACUAGACAGAGCGAGACAGGCAAGCAAAGGAAAGAAGAAACUAGAGAGCUGAGCCGGAUGAGCAAUGAGCCAUUUCCGUCAAGUCCUUGAAGGAAGAAGGUAAUUAGAUCUCAGACAUUAUCUCCCGCUGCUUCCAUUAAAGGAAUUAGCUUCUUAAUUUAGAUCUUGGGUUUACUUAAUUACUUGCUAGCAGCUAGCUCGUAAAACUCAGAUCUUGAAAAGAAACCCUGAUUUUAAUUGGUUGGCCUGCAAACGGUCAUCUGGGUUUGCUUCGCGUAUCUCUGUUUCAGCUGAAAUCCGGGAGCUUUUUGUGGGGAUUGGACGGAAAGGGCAAAUUAGGGGCGGGACAAUAUGAUGGGUCGCAAUGGAUUGUCGAGGGCUGGAGGUUUCAGGCCUGAGAAUCUAGGGCAGAAUGCGCUAGCUUUGAUUGGCAAUGUCUGCUUCACUUUCUUUGUGUUGAUGGUCUUGAUCUUCACCAUCAUUGCUGCAACCUAUGAACCAGAGGACCCUCUGUUUCAUCCAUCUACAAAGAUGUCAAAUUUCCUCACUUCUCAAUCAAAUGCCACAUUUAAGCCCGAUUCCUCGGUGGUGAAGACGGGGGAGGACUUCAUGCUGCCAAACCAGACAGCUUUCAACACGUUUAUAAACAUUAGCGAUGUUGUGAUCCCGACAAUUGUCGAGGAAGGUAUUGGCAAUGGUAAUGGUGCUGAUGGCGAGGCGGAAGAAAAGAGCGAGCGGUGCGAUGGUCCUGUAGACUGCAGGGAUCCAGAGGUCUUCCAUUUGCUCAUGAAGAAGGCAAUAGAGCAGUUUAAAGAUAUACAUUUCUACAGGUUUGGGAAACCCGUUCGUGGCUCGAAUGAUACCACCUGUGACAUGGCGUGGAGGUUCAGGCCCAAGGAAGGGAAGUCGGCUUCGUUUUAUAAAGAUUACAGGAGAUUCACCAUUGCCAGAUCUGAGAAUUGCACCUUUAGCGUGGCGGGGAUUGGGGAUUACCAUACUGGUGUCAAUGCUAGGAAGAGGAAGAACAAGCAUCAGAAACCCGGGUUCGAGAAGAAGUCUACGAAAGAAGACUCGACAUUGUUGCCUGUGGUGGGUGAGACGGUGAACGAUGAUCUUCCGGUAGUUGAAUCCGAGAGAUCAUUCAGUCAGGGUAAGUACUUGAUCUACAAUGGCGGGGGUGAUAGAUGCAAGAACAUGAAUCAUUACUUAUGGAGCUUCUUGUGUGCAUUGGGUGAAGCUCAGUACUUGAAUCGAACUCUCGUUAUGGAUUUAACCAUCUGUUUGAAUUCCAUCUACACUUCCUCGAAUCAGGAUGAGGAAGGGAAAGAUUUCAGAUUCUACUUCGAUUUCGAGCACCUAACCGAAGCUUCAUCGGUUCUGGACCAGGCUCAGUUUUGGGAGGACUGGGGGAAGUGGCAUAAGAAGGAUCGGUUAGGUCUCUAUCUCGUGGAGGACCAUAAAGUCACACCUAUGAAGCUUGCAGAGGUAUCAGAUUCUGUCAUCAUGAGGAAGUUUGGAUCGGUUGAACCAGAUAACUACUGGUACAGAGUCUGCGAGGGAGAAACCGAGUCGGUCAUCCAACGUCCAUGGCAUUUGUUAUGGAAAUCAAGAAGGUUAAUGGACAUAGUAUCAGCAAUAUCCUCCAAAUUGAACUGGGAUUACGACUCAGUCCACAUCGAACGGGGCGAGAAAGCGAGGAACAAAAACCUAUGGCCAAAUCUUGAUGCAGACACUUCCCCUGAUGCCCUUCUGUCGACCUUGGGCAAUAAAAUCGAGGAAGGAAGGCAAGUAUACAUUGCUACAAACGAACCAGAAACUUCUUUCUUCGACCCGUUAAAAGACAAGUACUCAACUCAUUUCCUCGACGAGUACAAAGACCUCUGGGACGAGAACAGCGAGUGGUACUCCGAGACCACGAAGCUCUACCGAGGUGUUCCGGUGGAGUUCGACGGCUACAUGAGGGGUUCGGUCGACACGGAGGUGUUCUUGAGAGGGAAGAAGCAGAUUGAGACAUUCAAUGAUCUCACAAAUGACUGCAAAGAUGGUGUUAACACCUGCAAUGCCGCUGCCAGUUGAGGUUGUUUGAUUUGUUUGUUUUACUCCCUCCUGAUCUCUGUUGUUUGUUGUUUCGAGGAAUCGUUGAUUAGUUUUUGUUAAUUAGCAGCAUUUCGGUUGUUAACUUAUUAGCUUUUUAGAACUGUAUGAAGCUUAGCUAGCUGCUUUGUGUUUUGUUUCUGUGGGUUCUUAUUGCUUUGUUUCUUUCAUUCCUUUUGUCAAGUAGGCCGAGAAUGUGUUAGUACUACUACUGCUACAUAGCUUAAACUCUGGUUUCCAGGUUCUUCCUUCACUUGAGCUCAGUUUUGGCUUGAGCCGCAAAAGGCUUUUCACUCAACUUUUCAAUUGAAAUUGUUGUAAAAUGUCUAAGAAUACAUUGUCAGAGAGGAAUUUAGCUAGGAGGUUGGACAAGUAACAAUUUUCAAGUGUCGUCAAUGGGCUGUGUGUAACAGGUAAUAGAUCAUGCAUAGUGAAGCAUGAAUUUCUAUAGCAAAAGUGGUCGAGGUAAUAUAAAAUUUUAAUGAGA